AACAGUUGAGAAAAAGGCUAGGAUUGAGUUGUUCAAUGAGAGCAAUCGAUUUUAGACUCCCCACAAUGACCAGAGUUUAAGGGAUGAGAAAGCUUUGAGCCGGUCAUAAUGGAGCGAGGCGUCGACUUCACAUGGGUAAGAAAUUCUUCUACCCCUUCGCAUUUCGGUAAUCAGGGAUGGACUGGUCCUUUCGCUGCCCCAGAACAUGCAAAUAAGGACAUGAUUAGAGAGUUCUAAGCUCACAUUAGAGACACGGAUCCCAAUGUUGAGCACAUUGUCAUAAACAUUCGUGGGAUUCAAUUGAGUUCUCAAUCGAUCUCAUUGCUACCACUCUCAACAUUCCUAAGGUUGAGAACGAUGUUUUUGGGAGUAAGUCAAUUGAUAAUUUGCCUCGUGUUUCCGAUGUUGCAUCCGAUUUGUAUGGAGUUCCUACCAAAAUCAUUUCUUUCCCGAAAAAUGCAACCGUUGUUAAUUGCUUCCGAAGAAUCCCAUUUUCUUCUUCGAAUCUUCAACGGUAGCAUCCAAACCCUAGACUCCAUCAAAGACCGUAUCAGUCAGAUCUUUAACGACAUUUUCUGCAGUAAACCCAACAGAGAUUUAGUCGAUAGAAGGGGGAGUGAGAUAUUUCCAAAUGCCAUUAAGGAUAUGAUUGCUGCAAAUGUUGGUGAUGGAUAUGAGCUCAGAAGAGCAGAGUGGUGGUCACAAAAGAAGGAUUGUGAUGAUGAAGGAGAUGGUUCGAGUGCGGUUUUUAAUGCUUUGGAUGAAAUGUUGAAGGGUAGUUUGAACCGCUUGAAAUCAAUGAGGUAA